UGUCAUCCAAUAUACAAGCUAUAUAUCCAGUAGUCCAUCUGACUACUUACUUGACGUCUAUUCAUCUUUAGGAAUAACUACAUCCUCCGCAUCUUGUAUGGAUGGCAUUCUAGGUCAUCAAGAGUGUUGCUGGCCUGCCAAGACGCACCAUGCAGCUAUCCGAGUAGAUCCAAUCGAGUCCGACGUCAUGGUGCUUAUCGGAACCAGCUCCACAACCGCUCUGUUCUCCGUACCUGAAUUCUAGCUUCGGUUCAUCCAUUCACCCACGCGCUCAGCUAUACCACGGCCAAUCCAUUGGCAGCUGCUGUUGACAAUGCGCAUGCGAUCAAUUUCUCUCUCUCCAGAACCUUGCUGAGGAUCUAUCAGCUGCCUUCCGAUUUAUACCCCAAACCAACAUGGAAAACGACCGAGAUCACGAUCUGCCGCCGGCGGCAAGCAACCGAAAUGGCUUUUAUAGUCUCCAAGGAAACCACAGCAGCGUCAGCGUUUUCGAGGAUGUUGAGAUGGCGCACGAUGAGCUCUACUCGGGGCCGAUGGCUGAAUCGUUACCCACGAGUGUCUCUGCCUUUCAUCACCGCCGCUCACGAGCCGAUUCCACAGCAAGCUUCUCAUUCUGGCAGGAAGAAGAUGAACUGAAUGACCCCCUUGCGAUAGAGGAGCGGCGCAUCGGGGAUCUGGACGAGCUCCCGUUCGACGACGAACUCGACGAGGAACAGGACUCUACCGACCUCGAACGAACCGCCGAGGAAAACGAUUACGUCCUCCAUCGGCGCGCAUCCACGCAAUCCCGAGGGGACUCUGUGCACAGUAUGUUGCUACGUAGGGACAGUGGCACAUCGGCAGGGAGUGGAUAUGGGUCGAAUCGACACAGUCAAAAGGCGCAUAUUCAGAAUGAGGACCUCUACAUUGCGAUCGCGGGGUUCAGAACCAGUAAAAUCGGCUAUGCUCUGUACCUUUUGAUAUGUGUAUUCACGUUGGGGGUAGGGUGGCUAAUCUUCUACUGGUCGCCAAAGUGGCGAGUCAAGCUGGUUGGGAGGUCCGCGCUCCUCAGGGAAUGCGAGUGGGUGGUGGUGGAAAACUCGUGGAACGAGAUGACCGCGGUGGAUGUGGUAUCGAAGGAGUAUGGGAGGACGCUUUCGACAGUUUUUGGGUCGCCUUCCAAGUUCACUUCGUACCUCCUGGAUGACGAUCCAGAUCCAAUUCUUCCGGAACUGAGGUACAUAGACUAUCGCCACAUUCGCUUCUUCUUCCACCCUGUGCGCGACAAGUUUCUCAUCUGCAAUGGCUGGAAGGAUCCCCUCUGGACAGAUGUCCAAGACGUUCGCAAUGGUAUCGACAGCGACGAGCAGGUCAGCCGUCGCACUGUCUUUGGGAAAAACGAUAUCAAUAUCGAAAAGAAGACUAUUGGCCAGCUCCUCGUGAAGGAAGUCUUUCACCCGUUCUACGUGUUUCAAGUCGCCAGUCUUGUCCUAUGGUCUCUGGACGAAUACUACUACUACGCUUGCGCCAUCUUCUUGAUCUCGGCCAUUUCUAUCAUACAGACUUUGAUAGAAACACGGCAGACUGAGAGGAGACUUCGGGACAUUUCUCGGUUUGAGUGUGAUGUCAGAAUCUGUCGACACGGCUUCUGGAACACAAUCCUCUCAAGCGAACUAGUACCCGGUGACGUCUACGAAGUCAGCGACCCCAGGUUGACUCAGUUUCCUGCCGAUAGCAUCCUUCUAAGCGGUGACUGCAUUGUCAACGAGAGCAUGCUCACAGGAGAAUCGAUACCUGUAACCAAAACCCCAGCUACAAACGACACGCUUCAGAAGCUUGAUUUGAAUGCUCCAACACCAGUAGCCGAGGUGGCCAAACACACCCUGUUUUGCGGAACCAAGAUCAUCCGCGCUCGAAGGCCUCAGAAUGAAGAUGAACAAGCUGUUGCUCUUGCCAUGGUUAUCAAGACCGGCUUCAACACAACAAAGGGUGCCUUGGUUCGGUCAAUGCUCUUCCCGAAGCCGUCUGGCUUCAAGUUCUACAGAGAUUCCUUCCGGUACAUUGGUGUGAUGGCCAUUGUGGCAGCUGUUGGUUUCUUGGCCAGUAUCGUCAACUUCAUUCACCUUGGCUUGGCGUGGCAUGAAAUCAUCAUUCGCGCCCUGGAUCUGAUCACGAUUGUGGUUCCACCGGCGUUGCCGGCCACCUUGACUAUUGGCACCACCUUUGCGGUGCGCCGGCUCAAGAGACAGAACAUCUUUUGCACGAGCCCGCAGAGGGUCCAGGUUGGAGGAAAACUUGACAUUAUGUGCUUUGACAAGACUGGGACUUUGACAGAGGAGGGCCUUGACAUCCUUGGUGUGCAUCUCGUUUCUAGGGACACCAACAAGUUUAUUGAUUUGAUUGAGAAUCCUGAUGAUUUGGCGGUUGGUCAUGACCAGCCCCCUGCUGUGGGGGGUAAGCCUGACACCAGGUCGACGGCGCUUUAUACCAUGGCCACUUGCCAUGCGCUGAGGAAGAUCGAUGGCGAGAUGCUCGGGGAGCCUCUUGAGCUAAAGAUGUUUGAGUUUACAAAGUGGUCUUUCGAAGAGGGUGACCUGAGUGGUGGAAGAGGGGAUGACGAGGAGCAAGGAACUCUGAAGCCUUCAAUCGCUAGGCCGCCUCCGGACGCGAAAGCUGAUGGCACUGGGGAGGCAUCUUCUAUCGAACUGGGUGUGCUCAAGUCGUUUGAGUUUGUGUCUCAUCUUCGCCGGGCCAGUGUCAUUGUCAAAGACUUUGGCAAGCCAAGCGGAGACAUUUAUGUCAAGGGUUCGCCUGAGUGUAUGAGGGAGAUUUGCAAGCCAGAGACAUUCCCUGAGGACUAUGACGAGGUCUUGGGGCAGUAUACUCGCAAGGGGUACAGAGUCAUCGCUUGUGCCUCGAGACAUAUCAAGAAGCUCAGCUGGGUCAAGGCUCAGAAGAUGCACAGGCAUGAUGUCGAGUCGAACCUCGAGUUUGUCGGCUUCAUCAUUUUUGAGAACAAGCUCAAGCCUACCACGGCGGCGGUACUCAAGGAGCUUGGAGAUUCUAAUAUCGGAACUGUCAUGGUUACCGGCGACAACAUCUUGACCGCCAUCAGUGUGGCGAGGGAAUCUGGCAUGAUCAGCGAGACGGCACAUUGUUUCUACGCUCGGUUCGCAACAGGGCACACCAAAGACCCCAACGCCGAGUUACAGUGGGAGAGUAUCGACAACCCCAUCUACCGUCUCGAUCCCCGAACCCUACUCCCACUACCGGCUCCUCCGGAAGGCGACGCCUCGCUACCAUACGACAUCUCUAACAUGAGGAAUUACUCCAUCGCAGUCUCAGGCGAUGUCUUCCGCUGGGUAGUCGACUACGCCCCAGCAGAAGUAAUGCAGCGCAUGCUCGUCACCGGCAAGGUCUUUGCGCGCAUGUCGCCAGAUGAGAAGCACGAGCUGGUCGAUAAGCUUCAGAGCAUCGACUACUCGUGCGGCUUCUGCGGCGACGGCGCCAACGACUGCGGCGCGCUCAAGGCAGCCGACGUUGGGAUCUCCCUCUCGGAAGCGGAAGCCUCUGUCGCAGCCCCUUUCACCUCGCGCGUCUUUGACAUCACGUGCGUCCCCAAAGUGAUAAGGGAAGGCCGGGCCGCGUUGGUGACGUCGUUUGCCUGUUUCAAGUACAUGAGUCUCUACUCGGCGAUCCAGUUCACGACAGUCUCGUUCCUCUACGCGUCUGCUUCCAACCUGGGGGAUUUUCAGUUUCUGUAUAUUGACCUGGCGUUGAUCCUGCCGAUAGCGGUGUUUAUGGGGUGGUCGAAACCGUACCCGGUGCUGUGCAAGAAGAAGCCGAUUGCGGAUUUGGUGUCUAGGAAGGUGCUGACGCCGUUGAUGUGCCACAUGGUUGUUUGUGUCGGUAUCCAAACGGUGGCGUUUGUGGGGGUGAGGGGGAUGGAGGGGUUUAUUGCGCCGACGACGCCAAAACCGGGGGAGAAGCCGGAUGUGGAGAAUAGCGAGGUGACGGGAUUGUUUCUGGUUAGUUGCUGGCAGUAUGUGCUUGCGGGGUGGGUGUUGAAUGCUGGGAGGCCGUUUAGGGAGGGGGUGGGGAAGAAUUGGCCUUUUUUGGUCACGAUGGCGACUGCGUUGGGGUUGAAUGGGUUUAUGGCUGUUGCGCCGCCGGAGUGGAUUGGGUUUAUGAGGUUGACGAGGACGAGUUGGGAGUACAAGGUUUUGUUUGUUUUUGGGUUGGGGGCGGGGGUGUAUUUGGGGUUGGCGUGGGUGGGAGAGCAUUAUGUUUUUCAGAGGUUGGCGGGGUGGGUUGGGCGGGUCAAGGGGUGGCUGAGGGGGGGGGAGAAGGGGGGUAAGAGGAGGAAGGAGUACAAGGUUAUUUUGGAGAAGAUGAGAUUUUGAUGGGUGUAAGGGAUGGUAUGGGGUGGGCUGGUUGGACAUUGGAAAAUGGGGAGAGCUAGGUAGGGGAUGGGUAUGACUGUACGUGGAUAUGUAGGUUAUGGAUGGAUAGACAUGAGUCUUUUUGGCCUGGGCUGGCUGGCGUUGGUAAGGACUGGGCGGAAACGUGUGGCAAGAGAUAGACGAUAUACAGACUUGUAGUCAAGGUCUCGAGCGAAAGUUGAAAUAUGUUUGGGUUGUGAUUGGGGUGGGUAGGUGGGUGUGAUGUGUGUGUUUAACAAGUAGGGAAGAUGUGUCUCGUUUUGACAUGGCGGGUUUCUCCGAAAGUAUUGAGAACCAGUGGGCUGUAUAAUCCUGCUACUUAGAGAAUAACAUAUAAUACCAACUGAACAGCAAACAAUGUGACCGUUAAACUGAUUUAAUUUGGUAUCUCCUUCCUCUCUUGCUCUUGGCUUCCUCCUCGGCCUGUUGUCCGUCCGUCUAGUUGGGUCUGCGUUAUUGCUACUUUGGCGCCUGACCAUGUAUGUACAUUUAUUUCUCUUCACCACCUCGUCGUUUUCAUAUCCUCGAU